AUGCAAGUGCUUAUGCUGCUGCUGGUUACCCCACCAUCAUGCAAUCAAUUAAACACGCGCGUCGCCCGACCCCUCGAAGCGCGUCUAGCGCGUGCCCAACGCGUUUCUUGCCCAGAUCCUCUCCCUUGUGCGUUUCUUGCAUCCUCAAACUCCGUCGCGACGACCCCCCACCAAACUCUGCCGAAUCCAUCGCCAUUUCUACCACCCUUUGACAACGUUCGUGCUCAGAGUUACUCGGACAGGCACCUCCCAGCUCCGGCAUUGUCCUCUCCGUGUGUCUUGUUCCGGCUUCACCACCACUGA